CCAUGCCCGACAUCAUGCCCGACCCUCACCGUGGGCACCCCGAACGCAUCCCCGAAGACUGCGAUGACGAACGUACUCGGCAUGGGGAGCGACGUGAACCAUGAACCUGACGAGCCCAGGCGCAACCAAAAAUUUCCAAAACGUCGGUAUAGAUGCCUUCGAAUUCUCGGAUCCUUCCACUUCUUCUGAUCGGGAAGCGGUCAAAACAUGGCGAACCUCUGUGAUACCUAUAUCUGAUAACGAGCGUAUUCAGCUAGCUAUCGAUAAGUAGCCAUGUCGUCCGUAACUGAUUCUGUCAUCUUUAGAAACAUAUUCUCUACUCCAGCCAUCUCCUCCAUCUGGUCAGACACACAACGCACUUCCUAUUAUCUCCUCUUUGAAGCAUCCUUGGCAUCUGUCCAGGCAGAUAUCGGAAUCAUUCCUCGCCAGGCUGCCGAUGCCAUCCUCGCCUUUUGCCAUGUCACCAACAUAGACUUCGAUGAAUUAAGAAUACAAACAGAAAAAAUAGGUUAUCCCGUCCUAGGGGUAGUCAAACAGAUAGUCCAGAAUGUAAACAAUCUCCAGCCUGGUCUGGGCGAAUGGGCUCACUGGGGCGCUACCACCCAGGAUGUCACCGACACCGCAACAAUCCUACAACUUCGUGAUACUCUCAAUCUUAUCUCAGAGGCAUUGGACGCAAUUACCUCGGACCUCCGCAAUCUCUGUCAAACUCACAAAGCAACCCUCAUGGUAGCUCGCAGCAACCUUCAGCAAGCCGUACCCAUGACCUUUGGCUUCAAGAUGGCCCGCCUCCUCGCCACCUUUGAAAGGCACAAACAACGCCUCGCUGAAAUAAAAUCCCGUCUGCUCGUGCUCGAGUUCGGUGGCGCUGCCGGGACACUCGCCACUAUCAAAGAUGGUCGGGGUCUCGAAUGCCAAGCAGCCCUCGCCAAGAAACUGGGUCUAUCAGUUCCAGAGAUCGCAUGGCACACAGAACGUGAUCGCAUCGCUGAAGUUGGCGGCUUUUUCGCCCUUCUCACCGGGACCUGUGCUAAAUUCGCCACGGACGUCAAGCUCAUGAUGCAAACGGAAGUCGGAGAGGUCUCAGAGCCAUUCUAUCCGCACCGCGGCUCCUCCUCGACGAUGCCACAGAAACGCAAUCCCAUCUCCAGCGUGUAUAUCACCGCCAUGGCUGCGACUGUCCGUCAGCUCUCUGCAGCACUGUAUGAUGCCAUGGUUGAGGACCACGAACGCGCAACGGGGCCUUGGGAGAUUGAGUGGAUCGUGCUCCCGCAGAUCUGCACUCUCACGCACGCUGCAUUAUUGAAAACAUCCGAGCUCAUUACGGGGCUGGAAGUCCAUUCGGGCGCUAUGAAGAAAAAUUUGGAAAUUACAAGAGGCGGCGUGGUAAGCGAGGCUGUCAUGAUGGGUCUUGCUCCAAAAUUAGGACGACAGUUUGCGCAUGAUUUGGUUUACGAACUGUGUAGGCGGAGUGUCCAGGAGGAUCUCCCUUUGUUGACACUGCUCUGUGCGGAUGAUAAAGUCCGGGAGAGUGGGCUAUCGAAAGAGGAGCUUGAGGGGCUUUGUGAUCCAGCUAAUUACACGGGGUUGUCCGUGGAAAUGGUCGAUCGUGUUUUGGCUGCAACGAGUUGAAACAAGUUUCAUCAGCUGUCGUUUAUCACUUUCCACGUUCGUCAAUCAUCACACUAGGUUGUACACGUACUAGUAUUGCAGCGAUGUCCUAAGUACAUGCCCGGGGUGACGCCAAUCUCGGCCGGUCAGUGCUAGGCACCGAACACACAGCAUCAGAGCCGCACGUCCCAGGUCAUCAGACCAUGUACAGUAGUCCUCUCCGUCUUAUCUACUGCACUGGCCCAGAUUUAAU